GUCACUUCCACUUACACACACAAAGCCCUAAAUCCCUUCGGAGCAGCCAAAAUCAUGGCGCUUCAUCUCGCUAGGCGCCAACAAAGGUUGCCAUCAAACCCAUCUUUGAUUCGGUUUUUCUCAAAUUCAUCAUCGGACUCACCUCCUCCAGCUGCAAACGCAUCUGUAGAAAAACCCUCUCAGUCGCCGUCUUCUCCGUCUCCGUCGGACUCCUCGUACUCUUCUUCCUUCAUUGACAUCAAGACCACACUGAAACAGAAAUUACAGAAUCAGCAGGAGCAAGGGAGGAAACCAUUCCCCAGAUCCGAUGCCCAGUCUCAGAAUCGCGGGUCGAUUAGUUUCUCCGGUAACCAGUCACGCGUGUCUCUACAGGAUUUGGGGAUGAACCUCGCCAAGUUUCAGCGGAGAUCCACGGUUCCACCUCCGAAGAAUCCAUCACAAUCUCCGCCGCAGUUUUCCUUGGAGUCCCUCUAUAAGCAGAACGCCGCACCAAACUCAUCGGAUCCUAGGAACCGGAAAGCCCAGUCUUUCAAUACGAGCACCGUAUUGGAGAAUUUGAAGAAUUUGAGGACGCAAACUAACACUUUUAACAAUAUGGGGAGGAAAGGAGCAUUGUUCGGAAACUUCAAGAGCAGUGGAGGAGAAGCAUUGCUGUCUGGCACAGGUAUGGAUGAGAGGAAGGGAAGGGAAGGUGAAACAGAUGAGACGACGACAGAGUUCUUAACGUUCUAUAACGAAGAAGAAUUAGGUGAGAAACUAAGGACGCUUAGGCCAGAGGGAGAUAAAGAAGAAGGAUGGUUCUCAUUGCAGGAGUUGAACCAGAGGUUGGUUAAGUUAAGGCAAGUGGAAGAGAAAGAGGCCCAAUCUCGGACUAAGAAUUUUACAGCACUCAAAAGUGUUAUGUCAUCUAUUAGGAAUGACUCUGGCCAAAAUGAAGUUAUUUCUCAGCAGAAUCUCGACAUUGUGGGCCAUUUGGGUGGUAUACCUGAAUACAAGCUUUUUCCUCCAAAAGGGGAGCUGGUUGAGACUUAUUUCCACCCAGAUAACAUGUCCUCUGCGGAGAAGAUGAAAAUUGAGCUCACAAAAGUAAGGGAAGAGUUCAAGAUGUCGGAAUCAGAUUGUGGUUCUGCACGUGUGCAAGUGGCACAACUCACUACUAAGAUCAAGCAUUUAUCCUCAUCUCUACACAAAAAGGACAAGCAUUCGCGGAAGGGACUUUUAGGAAUGGUGCAGAAACGGAAGAAACUGUUGAAAUAUCUUAGACGAACUGACUGGGAUUCUUACUGCCUUGUCCUGUCAAAACUCAGCCUUCGUGACAACCCGGAUUACAAGUUCUAAGCUUUAUGUGGUAGACACCCCAUGAUUUUUAUCUCUGCACUCUUUUUGGUUCAGGCAACGCUCUGUUGUGAGUGAGACUAAGCUGCUCAAACCCUCUUAGGCAUUUUACUUUGUAGGGAAGAAAGUUGCUUUACUUUUUUAGUUCUUUAACUCCAUUGUUCCACCUGGAGCUCUUCAAUCAUGCAAUUGUUGCAAAGAAAUGAAGUUGUGGAUCUCUUUCA